AUGCUUGAAGGUGUCGUCGCUGGCUUACUCAAUAGAUUCCUCUCAGCGUACAUCGAUAAUCUCGACACAAGCCAACUUAACGUUGGCAUUUGGAGUGGAGAUGUCAAGCUAAAGAAUCUUAAAUUGAGGAAAAGCGCUUUGGAUAAGUUUAGGUUGCCUGUUGACGUCAAGGAGGGUUACCUCGGUGAACUAACACUCAGUAUCCCGUGGAGUAACCUUAAAGGGAAACCAUGCAAGAUUAACAUUGAUAAUGUCUACCUCAUUGCUCUACCUGCGGGCGCUAGUCAGUUUGACGCCGAAGAAGAUGAUAAACGCUCUCAACAAGUUAAGCAGGAAAGGCUUGAUAGUGCUGAGUUGUUGUUAAACUCACAAGCCUCCCCUGGUAUCUCCCCAGAAGACGAGAAGAAGAACGAGUCAUUCGCCAAUUCACUAGUCACCAAGAUCCUCAACAAUCUUCAACUCGUUAUCGAAAACAUCCAUAUACGCUAUCAAGAUAGUAUUAGUCAUCAUAAUCAGUUAUUCGCCGUUGGUCUCACCCUUAGCGGCUUUAGCGCUGUUUCCACAGAUUCUAACUGGCUACCCACCUUCAUCGAAGAGAAUAGAGAAGGCAUUCAUAAGCUUGCUAAGCUUGAAUCCCUUUCUGCUUACUGGGAUACUGACGCUGAAUCCCUCCUCGGUCACCCAACAAACAUCGCCAUCGAGAAAUUCACUUCCCUUAUCGCCAACAAACAAAAUACUCCAAAUCAUCAAUACAUUCUCAAACCUGUUUCUGGUGAGGGUCGUCUGCGUAUGAACCACCAGGCCACCAGCGACACUCCCAAACUUGACAUUGAACUUCUCUUUGACAGGAUUGGUUUUAUGCUCAACGAGGAGCAGUACCGUGAUGCUCUCCUCAUGGUUGAUAACUUCCAUUUCCACAUCCGUCAAUCUCAAUAUAUUCGCUUGCGUCCGAAUGCUGAUGAGUUGCAUGCCAACAAACCUCGUGCCCUGCUUUCUUUUGCUGCGAGGGCCAUUCUCAAUGAGGUGCACGAGCGCAAUAAGAAGUGGACUUGGGCGUAUUUCGCUGAGCGCCGCGACGACAGAAAACUCUAUGUUGCCCUAUGGAAGGAGCGCAAGGAGUCUGAACGUCUGCAGAAGGGUAUGGAGAGUGAUAGGGAGACGAAGCUGCGGCGGCUCGAAGAGAAACUGCGCUACGAAGAUAUACGUUUUUAUCGUUCUAUAGCCAGGUCAGAGCUGCGCAAGGAGUCUUUGCGCCAACGUGGCGCCGAUAGCGUCAACCCCCAAACCCCACAGCCCACGCAACAGGGCUGGAUGGGGUGGGCUUGGAACGCUGCUUCGUGGGCUGUUGGUCAAGAUCAGAACGCAGUGUCUACAAAUGAUGACAAGGAUAACUCUGCCACUCUCAAUGAACAGCAGAGAAAGGAACUCUACGACGCUAUCGAGUGGGAUGAAAAACAGGCGGUGAGCUCCGCAGUUGAUCUACCCAAAGAUGCAAUGAAAUUGCGCGUAAAAGCUAUUCUUAAUACCGGCUCGCUCGCUCUCAGAUACCCAAACACGUCUGGCGAUCUCGUUAGCAUUGUUUUCAGCGCCCUCACUGCGGAUGUCGUCAAGCGGGUUGAUAACCUAAGUGUGGCUGUCGGUCUAGGUGAUCUUAGCGUAAAGGAUGCUACUAAUCCUAAAACUAUCUACCCUAACAUCGUCAGCGUCAAGAGGGAUAGUGCUUUGGAGGAGGAUGAUAAAACCCAGCAAUUUUUCUCGUUCGCUUGGGAAUCUAAACCGCUCGAUAACAGAGCAGACAGUGCACUACAAUUAAAGAUGAGACAUCUCGAAAUUAUCUACCAUAAGGGGUACGUAGAGGCUAUACGAAAUUUUUUCAAACCACCUGAAUCCAAACUGGAGUCUAUCAACGCGCUCAUUGACGUCGCUUCAGAGUCGCUAGAUUCUUUCAGGAAGCAAACGCGAACUGGUUUCGAAUACGCCAUCGCACAGCACUCCACUAUCGAUCUGCGUGUCGAUAUGAAUGCUCCCAUCAUCAUCCUCCCACAAGACGUCACCGACAAUAACACUAUGCAUCUUGUCCUCGAUGCUGGUCAUAUCGCCGUGGAGUCUGACCUCGCUGAUAAAAAGGCAAUUAAGGAUGUUAGACAUAAAGCUCACGCUAAAUCAGAUUAUGAAGAGAGCGACUGGAAGCAGCUCGAGGAGCUUAUGUAUGAUAAAUUCUCACUUCAGUUGAAACGCGCUCAGUUGCUUAUCGGUAAUGAUCUUAAUGCGCUUCUCGGCGUGCUCGAGAGGAGGGAGAAAGGUGGGAUGGAUGGGAAGAACAGACAGAGAGAGAAUUACAAUAUCGUCGAGGAAAUCAAUCUCAACCUCACCGUCCAUAACUCCAUCCUGCCUUCUGCUGUUAACCUAACACGGUUCAGAGUCGCUGGUCACCUCCCCGAGCUUACAAUCAAUAUAUCUGAGCGCAAGUACCAGUCUAUGAUGGCUAUUAUUGACGUGGCUAUUCCUCACUUUGACGAUAACAAUAACAAUAAUGCCAACGCUCACGCUCACAUUCCAUCUAAGCCGACAAAGAAACAGACUGAAAAUGAAAACACACAUGCUCGCCGCGGUUCAAUUUUUACAAGCGGUGGUGACCUACCUACGUACGAUCUGGACGUCCAUGACGAUGACGGGGAGAGUGUUACAGGGAGUUUGUCAGAAGCGGAGACAGUAGACAGGUUCUUCGAGGCACCUGAAUCGGUAGCGUCGGGUGUAUCAGAUGAAGUUAAUUAUCGCCAGCAAGUCUUCACACUCGAUUUCAGAGUGGACAAGUUGCAAGCGAAUGCUUUCAGGAGCACGUACGACUCGGAUGGAAAGGAAAAAGAAAAACUGCUCGCAGAGGGUAUCCUCAAGGGUUUCUACCUCGGGUAUGUAUAUAGGCAACUCGAUAUGCAUGUCGACGUUCUGCUGCAGUCCCUCUCUAUUGUUAAUGUUGACACGAAUUGCGGGACACGUACACCGCUAAUUACGUCAGACGAUAAUUCCACGCAGCAAAAACAGCAUCCCACUGAACUUGUCAGAGUUAGGUACGAUAGAGUGCAGCCGCAUUCACCGGAAUUCCAUACUGUUUAUCACGGUAUUGACCAGAUCGUUGACACUGAUCUUUCUACUAUCAACCUUCUCGCACGACCUGAACCGAUUAUCGAGCUGUAUGCGUUUAUCAUGGAGACAUUCGUUGGCGGACGUGGCAGUGGAAGUGGCAAGACUGAUGAUGCACUUGCAAAUGCCAAUCCACAUUCAAGCCCAGAGAUGGUGAGUAGUCAGUUAGGAUCGCAGUUGUCGAGUGAAGAUGAGGAGGGAGGUAACCGGAAGAUUAAAGUGGAUUUCAAACUGCACAGUAUAGUAUUUAAGCUAGAUGAUGGAGUGACGCAGCUAGCGACUCUGAUACUCUCAGCUGGUGAUGUAUCAAUCUUGCUCGACAACACCACCAUGCAAGUCAACGCAAAGUUAGGUGGGCUGGAGAUAAGCGAUGACAACAGCGCGAUAGAUGAUGGCUUCCGCCAGCUCCUCUCCAUCGAGGGUGAGGAAUUGGCCGACUUUUCUUAUCAGACAUUCGAUCCGAAGAGGGAGAGCUACCCCGGUUACAACUCCUCCGUAUAUCUGCGCACAGCUUCGCUUAAGUUCACUUUCAAUGAGGAACCAGUCAACGAUUUGUACAAGUUCCUCAUCAAGUUUGCGCGUUUAAAAGCGCUCUACGACGCAGCUACACGCGCAGCGCAGGACGCGGCUAACGAUGUGAAUGGGGGCCGCAUGCAGUACGAUGUGCGCGUGCGUGCACCUAUCAUUGUCUUCCCCACUCUCACCAAUCAGUCUAUGCUGACUAUGCGACUGGGUGAGUUCGUCGCGAAGAAUAGCUUCACUGGGAAAUCCCCAGGCGAUAUCCAGCAUUUGCACACUGGCCUUCAUGGUAUUAACCUCACCUCCACCAUCAGAGACACAGAUAAAGAUGCAGACAAGGACGGUUUUGAAACCCUUCCCAUCCUUGAUAAUGUCAAUCUGGAUUUCAAUUUCGAUAUAUUCGACCAAAUUGUACUCGAGGAUGGCAAAACACGUCACGGUAUGCAGAAGAUUCACGGCCAUAUGACUGACGUCAAGGUGGCGCUCACACAGACACAGUAUGUGUCUUUGUACGACCUCAGCAAGAGCAUCCCUAAGGCGUUUACACUCGACGAACAGCACGGUGCGGAGCUGGGCGAGGAGGCUGACCAAAUCAGUAUUCCCCGCGAUGCAAGGAAGGUUGUGCACGAGGAGAAAGAGGAGAAAGUGAUGCGUGAGGUUCGCGGCCAGGAGGAGGAGCGUGAGCGCAAUGGUGAGCGCAAGGUAGCGAAGAAGACAUCUGUCGACCUCAACCCUGAGAUACUUCUCAGCGAGCAAGACAAAGAGCAGGAUAAGUGGACGAGCACUGAGCUGGCGUUUGACGUCGGAACCGUCUCCCUCGAGCUCUUCACCCCUCUUGCUACUAGCGCUAGAAAGUUAGAGGAGAACAGCAUCGCGAGGUUCUCGCUAAAUGACACUAACUUAAAACUGAAGACGCUUUCUGAUGGCUCCAUGGAGUCCGAGCUGACACUCAAAAGCCUCAGGAUGGACGACACCCGUGCGCAGUCAGGCUCCAAGUUCAGACAACUCAUUCCCCCCGCUAUUCAUGACGGUCAUCAGUUUAUGAUCCAUUACUCUAAGGCUGGCGGCACAGACCAGUCUAGUCUCGCACUACUUACUAUCGACUCACCGAAAAUUAUCUUCUCAGUCGAUCCCCUAUUUGCUUUGACGGAUUACUUCUACUCGGCUAUACCGGCUCAGUCAAAUGAUUCGGGUGCCCAAGAAACGCAGGAGAGUUACGAGGACCCUAUGGAUGUUGAUGUGGAUCAACUUGAGGACUCACCUAUAAAACAGCCCGACGAGAUUAACAGCGAACCUUCAUUCGCAUAUAGGUUGAAUGUCGUCAACACAUCCAUCAUUAUACUCGCUAACGAGAGUGAACCUACGACGGAGGCUAUUGAGCUUUCUGUGAAACAAGUGCUCAUGUCACAACACGGAGUGAUCGCACUUAAGGUAGACAGACUUGGCAUGUUCUUGUCGCGAAUGGACAAACCCAAGGACAAGCUGCGCUUCCUCGAUAACUUUGAUUUCACACUGAGCUACGACUCACGCAAGGUCGAUCUGCGUCAGAAUACAUCCAUCGAGCUACGCGCUGAUCCUAUCAUCUUCAGAGCGUCUUAUAGAGAUAUUUUACUCAUUACAGAUAUCUUCAAUAAGGCGCUUGAGCUGUCGACUAAAUCAAGACCGACGCAGGUGUCUCCAGAUGAGUUGAGAGGCGGUGAAAAUACUUCGGCUCGCUCAGUCAAAGCGCCAGCAAUUUCACCAGGCGCAAAGAGGUAUUCGGGAGCAGAGUCUGCAUCAGCAUUUGGGAUCACUCCGGCCUCGCAGAACCACCUCGCUCUCCCUGCUCCAUCUAUGAAACCAAAGGUUAUGAUCACAAAGGAGAAUCUCAGUGCUGUGUUUGAGGGAUUCCAGGUUGUUUUGAUCGAGGAUCUCCACGAGCUCCCCUUAAUUCACCUUCAUACUAAGAGAUUUAAUAUCGAUCUGUUCGAUUGGACCUCCGAAAUGAAGAUCCAGACGGCUGUUUCGUGGUCGAUUAAUUACUUCAAUCCGACAAACUCUCACUGGGAACCGCUAAUGGAUCCAUGGGAACUUACUCUAAGGGGAGAACGUCUUCAACCGCCAACUGGAAUGAAUAUUGUGAUGUCUUCACGGAGGAGACUCGAGAUUAACUUGACGUCGUCGUUUAUUCAGACUGCCCUGCUUUUCUACUCGUUGAUUGGAAAUAACGCUACCAGGCUACUCGAGAAGCCGCGCGGGAGCUCUGCGCCGUUCCUUCUGCGCAACCACACUGGAUACGAUAUGAACGUGUGGCCAACGCACGAUGCUAGCAAUACCUUGUCGCUGAGCAACACAUCCGAGUCGCCGUGGAGAUUUGAAGAUCUGCGCACACUUCGCGAGGAUGUCAGUGCAUCCGCUCACAACAGCGUAGGUAUUCAGCUCGAUAACACUAAGUGGGAGAGUGUUGGACGUAUUUCUGUCGAUAAGGAGGGUGAGCAGACAUACAUUCUCAAGUCUAAAAUCAGCAAAGUGUUACACAGAGUAGUCGUCGAUAUUAGAUUGCAGGAUACUUUCAAAGUUGUUACUUUCAGAUCAACAUACCAGGUCGAGAAUAGCUCUCACCUCCCUAUCGAGAUUGUUAUUAUUGGGGGUAAUGGUAAACCUGCGGGUGGGGUUUCGAAACUCACCCCAGGUCAGUCUUACGCUUUGCCUAUCGAAGCUGCGUAUGAAAAGCGCAUCAAAAUUAGACCUGAUCCUGGAUUCGGUUAUGCGUGGAGUUCUGAAGCUUUUUACUGGCAAGAUGUCAUGAAAAAUCCUUCAAGAUCUAUCAGCUGUAAAGCUAGUGAUCAUGCUGAACCAUCAUUCAAAUUUCAGGCUUGUGCUGAUUUCGACCCCGCUGAUGAACUUACUCGUAUUUACCCUCGCUUGACACUCAGAUUACGCUCUCCUAUCGAGAUUGAAAAUCUGUUGCCGUACGAUAUCAAAUUCAGAAUCUUCGACAAGAAUACUAAACAGGAUCAAUCUUCAUUCUUGCUUCAGGGCGGUGUUAGCCCUCUUCAUCUUAUUGAAUUGUCUCACCUCGUUCUCCUUAGCAUUACCAUCGAGAAUUCAGUAUUUUCUCCGAGUGAGUUCGCAAUCAUCAACACGGACAACCCCGACGAUUUCCCCGUUGAAAGUGUCCUGAGUUUAUCAGAUCAAGAAUCGUUGAAGCUGAAUGUGCGCAUACACUACUAUCGCUAUCCGAAAUCAGGCGGCGCGUUCAAGGUACAGAUAUACUCUCCAUACGUUCUUUAUAACAAGUCUGGAUUCGAUUUUGUCCUCCGUUCCAAGAGUCUUCUGGGCGCUGGGAAGAAUGUGGCUGGCCAAGACCUCAGUUCGUCCAAGAUGAAGAAGAGAGAGACGUCGCCGUUCAUGUUCUCGCACAACUCAGACGAUCGCCAAAAGAGGUUCUUGCUCAGGAUCGGCGACUCGAACUGGUCGAAGCCGCUGUCGUUUGAUGUGGCUGCCGCUGACACGGAGGUGACGCUGUCUGCUCAAGGCGACGAGAACGUACAUAUCGGUAUGAGCGUAGUUGAGGGUAAUGGAAAGUAUAAGCUUAGCAAGGUCGUUACUAUCCAGCCUCGGUUCCUUAUCAAGAGCCAGCUGAGCGAGACGAUUAACGCGCGCGUUGACAGCUCUCCAUACCUUCUCAAUCUUAAAGCUAGUGAAAGGAAGGCGCUGCACAGAUUAGAGAGUCUGGAUGAGGAUGAAAAGCACCUCCUUAAGAUCUCCUAUCCUGGUACAAAGGAAUGGUCCGCACCUUUCUCUCUCACUGACGUCGGUCCUGUUCACUUAAGAAUGAGACUGGGAGAUCAGGUCGACCAUCUCAUCAAGGCCGACGUGUGCAUUGAGGGUCCUACCAUCUUUGUCUACCUCAAGAAAGAUACUGAUCCAUGGCCAUUUAUGGUUGAAAACAAUAGCGAUACUGGUGUUGAGAUUUGGCAGUCUACCACGGAAGGUUACGACAAUCUCACUAUGAUGCCGGGUUUGAAACCAAAGCGGUACAAUGUUGCUCCUCAUUCGUCUAUGGACUACGCUUGGGAUGCACCUGCUGAGACUGACAAAAAAUUGCGCUUGAGAGCUCAAGGAGGGAAAGAGCGCUCGAUAGACCUCAUGGAAAUAGGCGCCUUACCUCCUUAUCGAUUUGCCAGUGACACGUUAUCGAUCGAUGUUCGUGCUGAUGGACCUCGUCAAGUGUUAGUGCUGUCGCCAUAUUCGCAAGACGAGUCGCUCUAUCAGCCCCGGAGGAGAAGUGUUGCGAAAUCUGAAACGUCAGAUUCGACAGCAGGGCAGUUCGAGGAGAAAAACCUGGAGACUGUUCUCAACACUCAAUUCAGUUUGGAGCUGGAGGGUGUAGGUGUUAGCGUCUUAAAUAGGCGUAUGCAGGAACUGUUUUACGCAUCAUUUAGGGGUAUUGGAAUGCAAUACUCGGACAGUAAUCUUCACACGUCUUACAAUAUGAGCUGCAAGUGGAUUCAAAUUGACAAUCAGCUGUUUGGUGGACUCUUCCCAAUUAUCCUUUACCCCACAACGCAGCCAAAGGAUGGUAGAGAACUGGAGAGACAGCCAACGCUGGACAGCUCUGUCAUAAUAUCUAAGGACUACUCGCACGGUGUGACGCGUAUCGAGUACUUCUCCAUGCUUCUGCAAUCGAUGACUAUUGAAGUAGACGAAGACUUCUUAAUGGCUUUGAUUGACUUUAGUAGAUUUGAAGAACCUUCGUGGGAUCGCGAUCAGCAGAAAGAAGAUUGUUUGAUAGAGAGUCCUGUUGAGAUAAUUGAACCUGCAGAUUUGGGUAGUGGAAUGCAAUUAUAUUUCCAAGUGUUCCAUUUACAGCCAAUAUCGCUUGACUUGUCAUUCAUGCGCACAGACAGGGUGAAUGUUGACAACAAGACAACUUCUGCCCACACACGCAAUCCGGUAAUGUUUUUUAUCAACGCUCUCACAAUGGCAUUGGGUAAUGUUAGUGGUGCACCAAUUCGUCUCAACUCGCUCAUUCUCCAAAAUGCUCGGUUCACAUCCUCGUUGCUAUCUCAACAUAUUAUGAUAAAUUACAGGGAGCAAUUCAUGUACCAGCUUUAUCGCGUGCUCGGUAGUGCUGACUUCCUCGGUAAUCCUGUUGGAUUGUUUAACAAUGUUAGCUCGGGUGUUGCGGAUAUCUUUUACGAGCCAUAUCAAGGACUCGUGAUGCAUGGGAACAAGGAGUUAGGUAUUGGGAUUGCGAGAGGAGCGACAAGCUUCGUGAAGAAGACUGUAUUCGGAGUGACAGACUCAAUGUCUAAAGUGACUGGAUCAAUUGGAAAAGGUCUAUCUGCCAUAACGCUCGAUCAGGAGUAUCAGAGCAGAAGGAGAAUGGCGCAACGUCGCAAUAAGCCAAAGCAUGCACUUUAUGGAGUCGCAGCGGGUGCGAACGCGUUUGCGGUAUCGAUUGCAUCUGGAUUUGAAGGCUUGGCGUUGAAACCAAUUGAGGGUGCGCAAAGAUCAGGUACUGGAGGUUUCUUCAAGGGAGUUGGGCGUGGAAUCGUUGGUGCGGUCACGAAGCCAGUGAUUGGAGUGUUUGAUUUAGCAUCGAAUGUUUCAGAAGGGAUUCGCAACACGACGACGGUAUUUGACCCACAGGACAUUGACAGGAUUAGAUUACCGAGGUUCAUUGCAGAUGAUGGUGUGUUAAGGGCGUACAGCGAGCGUGAGUCACUAGGUCAAUCGUGGCUGAAGAAUGUCGAGAACGGGAAAUAUUUCAACGAAACAUACGUCGCUCAUCUGAAUGUGAGGGGUAGUGAUGCAGUUCUACUGCUCACCACAGCACAUAUUUUAGAGAUACAGGUUCGUAAUCUUGAGUUGAGGUGGGAAGUAGCGUUCGAUGAACUCCACUCGAUUAGCUUGGAGAAUCAUGGGAUUAGUUUGAGGCUCAAGGGGAAUGUGACGGGACCUUUUAUGAACCUGACUUCGCAAGAGAGUCGCACGUGGUUCUUCCAGCGUAUACAGUCUGUUGUUAACAACUACAAUUACGCACGCAGCAAACCGAUUGAGCGGUAG